CUAGUUCUUUCACCGAUUCUUUUCGAUUUCAUCAUUCCUCCAUCCCCCACCACCAUGCCCCUUGAAAUCCCCCCCUCCAACCUUCUCACCGACCUCUUCAGCCUCAAAGGCAAAGUGGUCGUGAUCACCGGCGCCUCCAACGCUCAAGGAAUCGGGAUAGAAGCCGCACGCGGCUGCGCCGAAAUGGGCGCCAACAUCGCGCUCACCUACUUCACCCGCCAAGAACAAGCGUCGGCCAACGCCCACGAACUCGCAAGCAGCUACGGCAUUAAAGCCAAAUCCUACCAAUGCGACACAUCCAAGUGGCUGGAGGUUCAAAAAUUGGUUGACACCAUCAUCCAUGACUUCGGCCACAUCGAUGCCUUCAUCGCCAACGCGGGCCGGACAGCCGAUACAGACAUCCUCAAUGGGACCGUCGAGGCAUGGGAGAAUAUCAUCCAAGCGGACCUCAACUCGGUUUUCUACUGCGCUAAGGCCAUUGGCCCUCAUUUCAAGACCCAGGGGAAAGGGAGUUUUGUUAUUACGGCGUCUAUCUCGGGACACAUUGCCAAUUAUCCGCAGGAACAGACGUCGUAUAAUGUGGCCAAGGCGGGUUGUAUUCAUAUGGCGAGGUCGUUGGCGAAUGAGUGGAGGGAGUUCGCUCGUGUGAAUAGUAUCUCGCCGGGGUAUAUUGAUACGGGAUUGUCGGAUUUUGUGGAUCCGGAGAUUCAGAGGGGGUGGAUUGGGAUGAUUCCUAUGGGAAGGACGAGUCAGCCGAAGGAGUUGAAGGCCGCAUAUGUCUAUCUGGCAAGCGAUGCAAGCUCAUACACGACAGGUGCUGAUAUUCGGAUUGAUGGGGGGUAUACCUGUCGGUGAGGGGGGUGGAAGAGUGAG